CAGAAAUCCCCUGCACAGGCUCAGAUGAAGCCGCAGCUCUGAGGCAGAAGCAGGAAGAGCUUGAUCUCACUGCGGAGGGAGAGCAGCCAUGGGGAACGCGCAGGAGAAACCCUCCGGCAGCGGAGCAGCGCGAUCGGAUCAGGCCUCAGCGGGAAGCGGGACGAGGAGCCGGGGCGGAGGCGCCGCGGACAACCCCCACGGCCAGAGACCCUCGCAGAAGGGGGUGGCCAAUGGCACUCGGAGGGGGACAGACGCCGCCGGAGGACAGGAGGAGCGGGACAGACCUGCGGUGGACACGAGUUACCUGGACGCUCCUGCCGGGGCCCUUCCUCCUCACCUGGGCCGGCUCAAGAACGAGGGGAACCACCUCUAUAAACACGGACAGUUCGGAGACGCCCUGGAAAAGUACACACAGGCUAUUUGUGGGUGUGCUGAAGCAGGCAUUGAUAGUCCAGAAGACGUGUGUAUCCUCUACUCCAACAGAGCUGCAUGUUACCUGAAGGACGGAAACAGCAAAGACUGCAUACAGGACUGCACCAAGGCUUUGGAGCUGCAGCCCUACUCCGUGAAGCCCCUGUUGCGCAGGGCCAUGGCCUAUGAGUCACUGGAGCGCUACAAAAAGGCCUACGUGGAUUAUAAGACCGUCCUGCAGAUGGACACCGGGGUGCAGGCGGCUCAUGACAGCGUCCACAGAAUCACUAAGAUGCUGAUCGAGGAGGAAGGGCCCGAGUGGAGGGAGAAUCUUCCAGCGAUCCCUGCCGUCCCUCUGUCUGUCCAGCUGCAGCACAGACAGAAACCAGUCAGCAUUGAGCUGGCCCAGGCUCGAGCCGCGAGGGUUGUUCAGGACGAGGUCAGGAAAAAAGAGUCCCAGUUUACUUUACUGAAACAGAAAGGCAACGAUCUGGUGAAGAACGGCAACUUCCAGGAGGCUCUGGAGAAGUACAGUGAAUGUCUCGCUUUAAAACCAGACGAAUGUUCACUCUACACAAACAGAGCCAUUUGCUUCCUGAAACUGAAUCGCUUUCAAGAGGCCAAGGAGGACUGUGACUCUGCUCUGCAGCUGGAGCCGGGGAACAAGAAAGCCUUCUACAGACGAGCACUGGCUCACAAAGGUUUACAGGACUAUCUGUCAGCCAGCACUGACCUCCAGGAAGUCCUCCAGAUGGAUCCAAAUGUCCGGGAGGCCGAGCAGGAGCUUGAGGCGGUGACAGGUUUACUGAGACAGAGUUUGAUGGACAACACUGCACACACACCAAGGGUUUGAUGUUUGUGGAUCAAGAGGCAAAGGAACGAAGCAGAUGUGGACUCUCACUGCACUGUAGCAGCCCUGGAAGAAAAACACUUUUAAAGCCAUCAACCCGAGUAAGUCAUUCCUGGGACGGGCUCCUCAGAACGACCACCGUUUGAGCUCUGCACCAUCUGCAACGUGUGUUCAAAACCACACCAUAACUUCUGAGCGCACAACCUUACGUAAUGAGGGCAGCUUUGUUUUUUUUUUAAAAAGGCUAUUGUCAUAAAACUUGACCUGCUUGCACUAUAAAACCAUUCUCGUUAUGAUGUAAUAUACUGUACAUACAGAUUCAUGUACCAGGCUGCCGAGCACUGUUCUUCGUUUGAGUCAAAUGAGGAAAGAGAGGGUGUGUAAUAACGAGUGCCUUAUUGAGAUUUCUACCGGGUUGGGAUGAAAUACGCCAAGAAAGUUUUGCUCUGAAUUGUUUUUAAAGACGUUGUGUUUGGUUUCAAAGUGAUUCACUGAGCUCAUGACAAAUUAUUGUCAGGAUAACGAAAGGCAAAGAAAGAUGUAAAAAGGUCAAUAGGUCAUUAUCUGGUACGUUCUCUAUGUAACCAGGGUUCAAACUCUUCCAGCUGCGAUGCAAGACAUGUCACCGUUUACGAUUAUUAUUACAUCUGCUGCUAAUUCAAGAAGACAAGCCAACAACUCACUAUAAACCACUGACUUCACUGGAAUUACAAGAUGGUAAAAUAGUCAUUUAAGUUAGAAUAUCCAAUCGAUUAGGAGCUCAGUGCAUUCGCUCGGUGUUAAAGUCAAUCAAGAGGUUGUCGCUUUUCCUGGUUUUAGAUAAAUAUGCUCUUGUGUACUGUACGACUUACCGUAGGUCUCAGGUUCAGUCGUGAACGUUGACAAAUCUCCUGCUUCACCUGUUAUAACUAAUGUCUCCACAACCUCCCAACUCCAACGAGGACAAAAGCAACAUGUUCGGGUUGUAUUCAUAGAACCCGGCACACAAUCCUAUAAGAACAACAUCCUAAGACACAUUCAUAUCACAGGACUAAACAGUGAUUAUAUACGUCUCUACAGAUUCAAAGUAUUGAUUCCACUCCAAGCAAAAGUGUUAAACUCCUGAAGCUUAAGUGGCUGAAGUCAGGGAUUCUGCUUUAAAGUUUAAUGAGUGUUAAGUUCCUUGGAGCCUAAUUUCAGUCGGAAUUAACUGAACUUCAUUUUUCUUUAAUUGCUCCCUCGGUUCGAGUUCAAAAUGAUAAAUAAUCAAAUGGCUGGUUUAUAUAAAGAUGGAUGACAACCUGAUGUCAACCUCCCUCCCACUGUACAAAGAUUAACGGACGCCGCCAUCUUGUGCUGUUGACAUCAUUUGAAUCCUGAGUCUGCUCAGUAGUGAUCAUGAAGCGAAGCCGCAACACGUGCUCCCGACCAAUAGCAAGUCAGUCUCGGCUGUCAAUCAUGACAUUUUCUCUAAUUUUUGGGCCUGAAAACACUAAUUAAAACCAAACUUAUUUGAAAUGUGAAAACUUGAACACACAUCUGCUUGAUAAGCAUUACCUAAAACGACAGAAAACCUCUUUGAGAAAAUGUAUUUGUUGUGUACUUUGAAUUUUUAGUUUGGUCCACGUUCCAUCAACUAACAUGGAGGAGGUGGGUGUUUAUGACCAAUACUGCAGCCAGCCAUUGUGGGGGGGGUGAUAAAGAUGAUUUGGUAUCGUCCAUCUUUAUACACAGUCUAUGAUCUGACUGCAUUUUAAAAGCCUCCACAGAGACAUGGUUCUGUUUCUGGUAACGCUCGCUGUACCUGAUCCGCUCUGGAGUUAACAAAGCUCCGCCCAGUGAUUAACUACACUUAAAAUCUCCUGUGUGAGGGAUCGGGUUUUCAACAGUGGGAAUGUUUAUACAGCACAAUGUGCCACCGCUUUUAUUUCACGUCUGCUUCCUGAUAUCGACGUUUUCAUGUCCAACCCAAACUUCCUGGUUUUAUCUCAUUUUCUGGUUUUGGUUGUCCAAAUAAAAGCAUAAAAAUAACAACUAUAAGUGAAAACACUUGACACGAGGCUCCAGCGUUCCAGACAUUGUUUGUCUUGCUUCUUGGAAUGUAAAAGCAUGUACUGUAUGUAAAUAGAUUGAAUGCAGAUGUAAAUAAUAAAGUGCAAUGUGUACGCUUUAA